AGUGUGAGUAAAGCAACAAGACAGAGCACAAUCCAUGCAAGCGCAGGACCCUUCUGAAAGCAAUGUAGCAGCAGAUAUAAAUAAAAGAUGAGAUGUUCACAUGGCCAUUCUCCAGGGGUCCAACACAAUUUAAUUUUGUUCAUACAGCAGUUGAAAAGUAUGAUGAAGGCCAUCCUCCUGCUAUGCUUGCUGUUGGCCAUCCUUUACCCUGCAGUCCCCAGCAUGAGACAGACAGACCAUCACAAUGAAGAGCCCAAAGCAACUCACCUCCAUGAGCAGCAUCCUCAUGAGGAAGAUUCUCUUGCUUUCUGUCAGCAUAUAAUCCCCAGCAACACAGACUUUGCCUUCAGGUUUUACAGACAAGCAACUGUCCAAGCACCUGGCAAGAAUAUUUUCUUCUCCCCAGUCAGUGUCUCUGCUGCCUUUGCCCUGCUGGCUCUGGGCUCCAGAGCCGCAACCCAGGCUCAGCUGCUGGAGGGGUUGGCCUUCAAUCUCACCAACAACAGGGAGGAAGAGAUACACCGUGGCUUUCAUCAUCUCCUUCUCCUGCUGAACCGUCCUGGCAGUCAGGUGGAGCUGAGCAUGGGAAACACCUUGUUCAUGGACAAGCACCUGAAGCCACUGACAACAUUUCUGAAGGACAUAAAAAAACUGUACAAGGGGGAAAUUAUUUCUAGUAACUUUCAGAAUUCUACUGAGGCUAAAAAAGAGAUCAAUGAACAUAUGAAAAACAAAACCCAUGGGAAGAUAAAUCAAAUACUUAAAGACCUUGAUCCAAACUCUUUAAUGGUACUUGUUAACUACAUUUAUUUCAAAGCCUACUGGGAAAAUCCUUUCAAUACAAAGGGGACUCACAAGGAUUAUUUCUAUGUGAAUGAAAAGACCUUGGUUGAAGUGAAGAUGAUGAUUCGAGAUAGCUUUUAUGACAUAUAUUCUGACAAGAAGCUGUCAUGCAAGGUGGUGAGGAUUCCUUACAAGGGAAAUGUUUCAGCACUGUUUAUCUUGCCCAAUGAAGGAAAACUGAAAUGGCUGGAGGAUGGCCUGAAGAAAGACACAGUGUCUAAAUGGGAAAAAUCACUUGAAAGACGGAGGAUGGAAGUGCAUAUUCCAAAAGUAUCAAUUUCUGGAACCUAUGACUUGAAGAAGAUGGCCAUGAAUCUGGGUGUAACAGAUGUGUUUUCUGACCAGGCUGAUCUGUCUGGAAUCACAGGAAAGUCCGAUCUGAAGGUUUCAAGAGCUAUUCACAAGGGUCUGCUGGAUAUUCAUGAGAAUGGCACAGAGGCUGCAGCAGUCACUGGCACAGAGUUUGCUCCUCAUUCUGUUCCUCCUGUUAUAAAGUUCAACCGUCCAUUUUUGCUGUUGAUUGUUGAUCAAUACACUGAAAGUAUCCUCUUCAUAGGAAAAAUUGUCAACCCACUGAAAAAUGAUUGAUCAGUGUAGAAAGCAACUACCAAGAUAUGCUCACCAGUGAAUUAUGAAGCAGUGUAUACAUCAGUCUUCUAAUAAUUAAUGAAUAAUAUCAUUGAAAAAUAAGGUAAGUACCAAGCUGAGAGAAGCAGUUUAAAACCUGUUCAGUACGUUAUGAAUGAACAAGCAGGCUGCUUCUGAGUAGUGAGUAGGAAACUAGGAAAAUGUUGUUGUUUUCUCCAGCUGUCUGCUGUACUUGCCAGGUCCUGGUCCUGGAGAGAUGACAUGGAAAUUUAGAAUGUAAGUGUAGUCCACCUAGGGAUAUCUUAGGUUUUCUCUUCCACACGGAUCUUAUUGAUGGGAAAAGGUCAUGUAUUUGCAUGAGAAAAUGAUUGCUCGGCACUCUGAGGAUGUCUGUACCAAUCUGACAACUCCUUCUGCAGCCUUAUGGAUCCAAGGUAGUGUCAAAAUUCAGAGUCAAAUCUUGGCAUUUGUGAGGGGCUGGAGCACCAAGGAAAGAGACACCUGCUAACAAACACAGACAGACUUUUGUGGUAUCAGCCUGACUCCUCUGUUCCACCCUUUGGAUUCAGCAGCAGCAACUAUUUGAGAAGUGUUAAAUACAUUUAUCUUUCUCAGUGUGUUGUUCCUCAUUUUCUUAAAGUUUGACUCUACAGAUCAUGAGGGCAAUUUGAUAUUAGAACAAGUUCCUCUGUGGAGCCUGACCUUUCUAAAGCAACUGUAGUAGGCAUCACACCAAUCUCUGCAAUCAGAGCAUUUGCCUUGGUUACAGGAUAUUCAAGAAUAUUCAUGUUUGCAACCCUCCCUUGCCUGAAGACAGACAAUCUUAUGUCUCCAGCAUCCUAAGUAAGCUGAAACUGAAAGAGGAGAGUUAGCAUUAGAUCUGGAGUGCUGUUAAGGAUAUUUUCCUGGAGGAUAGAAAUCCAUGUCUGCUCCUCCCUGAGCAGAGGAUGGUUUAAAGUUGAGUUUGGCAAAUAAAUCCUGAUGAACUCUACAAAGAGUGCUGUUGAGUGGGUGGUGGAUGAAGCAAUGAUAAUCUGUAACAUUUGUAGGGCUUCUAGGAAAAAGGAGAUUUAAUCUCAAAUUAUAUUGUAGGGUGGGAGGAUAGUGAUCAUUCCCUUUCAGACACUGGAAAGACAAGUUUUUUACCAUGCCCUCAGUUAGGGCAUUCAUAGCUUAUGGCAUGAAUGCCCAGAGCUGCCAGCCUUGUGUUGGCUUCUUCAAGUCUAUCUUUAAGACAGUGAACACUUGACAAGCAUCCUAAGCAGUGACUAAAACAGACACUCAAAGUGUUACUUGCCUUGCCAUACAGCUUUAAACUUGUGGUUGAUGAAGAAAUAAUGGUUCAGAAAUGAUAGGUUAUGAAUACCUGGAAGGAAUAAAACAGACACUGAGGUUUAUUAUGAUCCCAGAGUUUUUACCAGUGUUUGUAAAUAAAGUGCUCAAGGUCUGCGCAUGACAUUUCUCUGAAUGCUACUUAGUCUCUGGUCAAGCUGAAAGGCCUUGACCAGCUACUUGUUAAAAAAUGAGGUGGCCAGGGACUGCUUUUCUAUCUUUGGAACAAAGUCAAUCAGUUCAGGAAAAACUCUUUGAAACAAAUGCAAGCCAAAAACUGUAAGACUACCAUGCAUUUGCCAUAGAUGUAUCUUGGUGCUUCGAGUCUCCUGCCACAUUAAAUUCGUGGAUAUUUUCAAAAGGCUGUACCUUGUUAAGGAUACAUAAGGAAAGCUUUUUCUCUUAGAGGAUGGUCAAGCACUAGAAUGGCCUGCCCAGGGAGGUGGUGGAAUCACUGUCCCUGGCUGUGUUCAAGAGGCAUCUGGAUGAAGAGCUACGAGAUAUGGUUUAGUAGCUUGUGGUAGCAAGGGUAAUGGGAGGACAGUUGGACUAGAUGAUCUUGUAGGUCCUUUCCAACCUUGUGUGUGUGAUUACAUUAAGGAUUUCCACUUGUCCUCAGAUAAUGCAACAAUACCCUGACGACAUAAAUAUCUAAAACACCUCACAACUGAGCACAGAAAAUUGAAUUGCAAAAUACACAAGUUUAAUUCUAUUAUAUUGCUAUAUAAAUGAAUUUAGAUACAAUUUAAAAUUUGAUGCCACAUAAAAGGGAGACAGAGUCACAAUUUAUUUAUUUAUUAUUAAACUAAACUUAAAAUUCUUGAAGUGUUUUGUAAUGAACCAGAAAGUGUGCCUGUCAGUCUUUCUGAUGAAAAUGUUCAGGGACCUGCCAAUUUUUGACAGUUGUGCAAGCUAUUUGCUGGAGGGUGCCCUGGCUGCAAACCGAAUUGAGUUGUCAGAAAAUGGCUAUUGGAGAGUCUCCUUUGGCAGCUGGAUUCUUUCUUGAGAAAUGUUCAGCAGCCAGUGCCAAUGUCAUGCAGCUCUCCUUCCAAUAGCCAUGCAGGAGCACAGCACAUGGAAGGGAUAAGGAGCAUAAAUCCCUGUUCCUCAAAUCUGACAAUGAUGCUAAAUAAAGCCUUACAUGCAGUAAGGCCAUUGUCAAACUAGUGCUGAAUGAGAGAUGUAUCUAUAUCCCCUACAAUCACUUCAUUCUCAUAGUGCCAGCCUAAAAAGAGAAACACAUUUUUUUAUUGCUAUUUUUUUUUAGAAAUGCGUUUACAGACAAAUGAGAAAGACAAAUUUUGCUAUAACCUCAUCAAGUAAUAACCAUAGAAGUUCUCAAAGGGCCAGAUGAAUGAGCUAUUUCAGGCAUAACAUCCAGAUACAAAAUCUGGUUACGUCAAGAAACCUUGACAUUGUUUUAGUUUUUCUUUACCCAUGACUGCAAAUAUGCA